GUGUGUCUUGUGUUAGUUAUGACCAAGAAAAGACGAGGGAGAGAGAAGCGGGGCGCAGAGGGGAAGGGAGAUGGGGGAGAGCCCGAGCUCGUUCGAGACUCUAAGGAAGUGGGUCGUCGAGCACAAGCUUCGGACCGUGGGGUGCCUCUGGCUCAGCGGCAUUGGGAGCUCGAUCGCGUACAACUGGUCGCAGUCUAAUAUGAAGCCCAGCGUCAAGAUCAUCCACGCCAGGUUGCACGCUCAGGCUCUAACAUUGGCGGCUUUAGCUGGAGCUGCUGUGGUUGAGUAUUAUGAUCAGUAUCAAUCCAAAUCAGGAGGACCAAAAGCGAAUUAAAAUGCUGGUGAAUUCCUUCCCCCAUCACAGAAGGAUCAAUAAUGUUGGGCUAGCUGGGUUCACCAUAGCUUUGCUCCGAAACAGAGUAUAUAUUACUAAGAAAGUAAGAUAUGUUCCUGCA